GCGGAGAGAGAAGAGAAAGGAGACAGAUUGAGUUACACCAGAGGAGUUAUACAUUGAACGCUUUUAAUCUGCUAAGAGGAUCUCAGCUGCACUUUCAUGUUCGACAACACUUCUCGCCAGCUAUCAGAGUGAGAAUUACCUGGGCUGGGACAGAAGGUCAGCUGACCCCCGGCAAGGCCAAAGAAUGAGCCUGAAAGGGGUGUCAUUGCCAAGCACGCCAAUCGUCACCUGGGGAAACUACAGCACUCCUAAAAGAAGAUGUUCUAUCACCCCCUUGUGCCUACCCGCUGUGCCACUAUCGCAAACCACCAGCAUGGUAUUCCCUACUCGUAUCAACCCCCUCCAUCCCCCGGGUGUGAAGAGGAGGACGGUAAGCCUGGAGACAGUGCCUGCCCACCAACACAACCACCAGAGGGUCAUCAACAUGCAGCAAAGAGAGUAUAGCCGGUUCCACCAGGGCUGGAGGCGGCCAUUUUAUGGCACAGUGACAGAAAAGGAGGACUACAGAAAGGAGAUCCGACAACUGCUGAAGAAGCAGAUGAGUGACAAGUGGGCUAUAGACAGGGAGGCACUGACCAGCCAAAGCAAGGAACUGGAGGCUCUGAAAGAAGCUGACCGGCUAGCCAUUGUUCAGGACCUGGAGCAGGAACGAACAAAAGCCUUAUUCCUGACAAGAUACAGGGAUGAGAAUAAACGGUUAAUGGAAAGCAGAUGGCAAGAAAACCGGCUGACCCGAUCUUUGGAGAUACUAAAGGAGAGAGAACUUCAACAAUUUAACCCAAUUAACUGGAGUGGAACGCUGAAAUAAUACAAACUGGUCAGCAGCAAGCAUAGUACGAAUU